UAAGAUAGUUUGACAACCUUGUGCUAACACGUACAUCCGCUUACGAGUGUGUUUAACGAACGGUGUUUCAAAAUGUCAAAAGCUUGUCUCAAUAUUCAAUUCAAUAAUUCAACCCAGUGCAAGUAAUACUUAUUAGGUAUGGUGCAUUAAAUACAAAGUGAAAAAAAAAACUCUAGAAAAUUUUAAGCUAUUUUCAACUGUAUAUUCACAUCUUUACGACCAGUGUAUUCAAAAUGUUGCAUUAAUUCUAAAUCAAUUCGUAUCCCAAAUUAGACCAGACUGGCCAAAUGUCUAGUUCUACUUCUUCUUUUAUAGAGUUUUCUUCCGCUUUUGAUGAUCUUAAGUAAACUAGUUUAUUAUAGAGUUUUACAAAGACACUUCAGAUUUCAAUCAUUUUUUUAAUAAUGCAUCAUAAGUUGCUGUAUUUAACUAUAAGCACAUUAGCUUUGGUAUCCUCAAGUCAUUUUGAAGCAUUAGACAGAGGAAGAAGGCAGCUUCUGUUCACAAAUAUAACAGUUAUGCAGGUCAACGCUGGCGUCGGUACACCCUCCACAGCAAAGAACAUCAACGUAAAUUGGUUAUUUCAAGCGAACUUUGCGUUGCCGUGGAAUAGAACUCAGAUACCUAUAGACAUUUUGAAUGCCAAUUCGGGUUACAUUGGUGAGGCUAGAAAGAAGCGCAAUUUAGAUAUGGAAGGUUACGAAAAUGAUGCCAAAUUGUAUCAUUUUUACAAAUAUGUCGAGAAUUUUUUGAAUGGUUUCAGGCAUAACGGUACAUCGUGUGUUCUGAAGACAUUAUGUCAACUGGGAGCCGAACCAAUACACACCUACGUUGAGGACGACAUAUUACAUGAAAUAGCUGCAUUUGUUUUAAAUCCAGAAAAUGAUAUAGCUGAGACCAACGUAGAGGAAGCGAAGCCGUACGUCGAGGCUUGUAACAAUGGAAGAAAACAUCGAGACUGUUCAGCGAUGUACAAUUGUUCAAUAUCUUUAAUAGACAUGUUUACUAAAAUACAAGACUAAAAUUAAA